AGGGUGCAUGGCUGCUGCUUCUUACUGAGCAGACGAAGGCUUCGACUUCAUCAGAAAGUGUAUUGGUGUCUGAUAUGGAGAGCAAACGUGGGCUUCUUCGGUUUGCCGAUGGUGUGGACAAGCUGCUCUUGUUAUUCGGGACGUUGGGUUGCAUUGGUGAUGGGUCGAUGUGCCCAGUCACGAUGUUCGUUCUCAGCGGUUUGAUGAAUGAGUAUGGAGGUGGAGCUGGUUUUGAUUUAUCCAUGGACGUCGUUGACAAGUACUCACUCAGGCUGCUUUAUGUUGCCAUUGGAGUCGGGAUAUCGGCUUUCAUUGAAGGACUAUGUUGGACGAGAACUGCAGAAAGACAAACAUAUCGCAUAAGAAAGGAAUACUUAAAAGCAGUCCUCAGGCAAGAAGUUGGUUUCUUCGACAACAAAGAUGCUUCUUCCACUACCUUCCAAGUCAUUUCUACCAUCUCUUCUGAUGCCCAUUGUAUCCAAGAUACUAUAGCUGAGAAGGUACCCAGCUGCCUGGCUCACAUCUCAUCAUUCAUCUUUAACAUAGUAGUUGCAUUCAUGCUUUCAUGGCGACUUGCACUAGCUGCUCUUCCACUCUCUCUCAUGUUUAUCAUUCCAGGAGUUGGAUUUGGUAAGGUACUGCAGGACCUUGGAAGAAAGAUGAUGGAUGCUUAUGGGAUUGCCGGUGGGAUUGUAGAACAAGCAAUCUCAUCAAUCCGCACCGUCUAUUCAUAUGCAGGGGAGCAUCAAACACUGGAUAGAUUCAGCUCUUCACUCCAGAAAACUAUGGAGCUUGGCAUAAAGCAGGGUUUUGCAAAGGGAUUGCUGAUGGGGAGCAUGGGGAUAAUUUUUGCAGUUUGGGCUUUCCAGGCUUGGGUUGGGAGUGUUCUUGUAACGGAAAGAGGAGAGAAAGGCGGCGUUGUUUUCGUUUCUGGAGUCUGUGUCGUAUUGGGAGGAGUGUCCAUUAUGAACGUGCUCCCAAAUCUCUCAUCCAUCUUAGAGGCAACAAACGCUACUACUCGGAUUCUGGAGAUGAUUGAACGGAUUCCAGUUAUAGACUCUGCAGAUGGAAAAGGUAAAAUCCUGUCAUAUGUGAGAGGAGAAAUCGAAUUUAAAGAGGUCUACUUUAGCUACCCAUCAAGACCUGCUACACCUAUACUUCAAGGACUCAAUUUUAGGGUGGAAGCUGGAAAGACUGUAGGUCUUGUAGGAGGCAGUGGUUCUGGCAAGUCUACAAUCAUUUCCUUGCUUGAAAGAUUUUAUGACCCUGUCAAAGGAGAUAUUCUCCUUGAUCAGUACAAAAUAAAGAGACUACAACUUAAAUGGCUGAGGUCCCAGAUGGGACUAGUUAACCAAGAGCCAAUUCUCUUUGCUACAUCCAUAAAAGAGAAUAUUCUGUUUGGCAAGGAAGAAGCUCCAAUGGAUCUUGUUAUACAUGCAGCUAAGGCUGCAAAUGCACAUGACUUUAUCAUUGAACUACCCCAAGGAUAUGAAAGUCAAGUAGGACAAUUUGGAGUUCAAUUAUCUGGAGGGCAAAAGCAAAGGAUUGCCAUAGCAAGAGCUUUGAUCAGAGACCCAAGAAUCCUUUUGCUUGAUGAAGCCACGAGUGCUUUGGAUGCAGGGUCGGAAAGAAUAGUACAGGGAGCCUUGGAUCAGGCUUCAAAAGGGAGGACAACAAUUAUCGUAGCCCACCGCCUCUCCACAAUCCUCAGGGCUGAUUUGAUAGUGGUUCUUCAAUCGGGAAGAGUGGUUGAAUCUGGUUCUCAUGAUGAGCUAAUGCACAUGAACAAUGGAGAGGGUGGGGCAUAUAGCAAAAUGGUGCAUUUGCAGCAACCGAGCAUGCAAAAUGAAAGCUUCAGUAGUCCCUAUCAUCAAACAGAACAUAGAUAUCAUUGGCAACAAACUAGUCCUAGGACUCCCCAAACACCAUUAAUUAGUGUGAGAUCAAGCUGGCAAAGCAGCCCAGCCUAUCCCAUCAGCUCAGCAUUUUCCAUCAAUCUCGCACACACAUUCCAAAGGCACCCUUACGAUUACCAUAAUGAUGAAAAGAUAGAAAAAAAUGAUUAUCCUCCAUAUUCCCAAUGGCGAUUACUACAAAUGAGUGCACCUGAGUGGAAGCGAGCUUUACUUGGAUGUUUAGGGGCUGCUUGCUAUGGAACUAUUCCCCCAAUUCAAGGCUAUUGCCUGGGAACAGUUAUCUCAGUUUACUUUAUAAAUGACAAGUCUGUCAUUAAAUCAGAAAUCAGACUCUAUUGCUGCAUCUUCUUAAGCCUAGCAGUUCUCUGUUUCAUUUCCAAUCUCUUACAACAUUACAGUUUUGCAAUUAUGGGAGAGAGUUUAACGAAGAGGGUGCGAGAAAAGAUGCUCGAGAAAUUGCUAACCUUUGAGAUAGGAUGGUUUGAUAAAGAUGAUAAUACAAGUGCAGCCAUCUGUGCACGGUUAGCCACUGAAGCCAAUAUGGUUCGCUCCCUCAUUGUAGAACGAAUGUCUUUGCUCGUUCAGGUUUUCUUUAGUGCGUGCUUGGCUUUUAUAGUUGGAUUAGUAGUCGCUUGGAGGGUAGCCAUUGUAAUGAUUGCUAUGCAGCCUUUACUCAUUGUGAGCUUCUAUUCAAAGAGUGUUCUGAUGAAAAGGCUAUCUGGAAAAGCAAAAACAGCACAAAGUCAGGGCAGUCAACUAGCAAGCGAAGCUACCAUCAACCAUAGGACUAUCACUGCAUUUUGCUCCCAGGAGAGAACAUUGAGCCUAUUUGAAGAAGCAAUGAGAGGUCCCAGAAAGGAAAGUGUCAAACAAUCAUGGUUUUCAGGUUUUGGCCUGUUUUUCUCUCAAUUUUUGACGACAGCUGCUGUAGCUUUGACUUACUGGUAUGGAGGGAGGCUUGUGAAUCAGAAAUUGGUCACUCCAAAACACCUUUUUCAGGUUUUCUUCUUGUUGAUUAGCACUGGUAAAGACAUUGCAGAUGCAGGAAGCAUGACUUCUGAUAUAGCCAAAGGUGGCAGCGCGAUUAGAUCAGUUUUUGCAAUCAUAGACAGGCAAAGUGAGAUUGAGCCUGAAGACCAUAAUGGUAUUAAAGUUAAAAAAACUUUUGAGGGCCGCAUAGAACUCAAGAAGGUGUUUUUUUCUUACCCAGCAAGGCCUGACCAAAUGAUCUUCAAGGGCCUUAGUCUCAAGAUUGAAGCUGGAAAAACGAUAGCAUUGGUAGGACAAAGUGGCUCAGGCAAAUCCACUGUCAUUGGGUUGAUUGAAAGAUUUUAUGACCCCCAAAAUGGAUCUAUAUUGAUAGACGAACGUGACAUCAAGAGCUACAAUUUGAGGAAAUUAAGGUCACAUAUUGCAUUAGUGAGUCAGGAGCCCACCCUUUUUGCAGGAACUAUUCGUGAGAACAUUGUCUAUGGUAAAGAGAAUGCUAUAGAAUCUGAAGUAAGGAAGGCAACAAGGCUCGCGAAUGCUCAUGAAUUUAUAAGUUCUAUGAAAGAUGGUUAUGAUACUUACUGUGGAGAAAGAGGAGUCCAGCUAUCAGGAGGCCAAAAGCAGAGGAUAGCACUUGCUCGAGCUAUACUCAAAGACCCAGCAAUACUUCUCUUGGAUGAGGCCACCAGCGCCCUCGAUAGUGUGUCAGAACAGCUAGUCCAAGAGGCAUUGGAGAAGAUGAUGGUAGGCAGAACAUGUGUAGUUGUAGCUCAUCGACUGUCCACAAUACAGAAGGCGGACUCCAUAGCUGUGAUAAGUGAUGGGAAGGUUGUGGAACGAGGAUCACACUAUGAUCUCCUCACUAUUGGACGUGGUGGUGCUUACUAUUCUUUAAUUAAGCUACAAAACGGUAACUCCCCACCUAAGUGAGCCAUCGUCUCAUUGACAAUGUGUAACAUGUCGUUCCUUCCACCAGUUUGUUUUACAUUAAAAAAGCAAGACCAACAUGCAUGACAAUAACCCAUUGCAUAAGAUAGUGUUUAGGUUCAAUAUGGAGACUCCUCUAAGAUAGAUUCAAUCUGCCAAGAUAAAAUCACUUAUUACAAUGGUUUCGUUUGUUAA